AUCAUAUUUAUUGUUUAAGCUUUUAUAAAUUUAUCGUUCGAUAACACCAGCGUUACAAUUUAGUCUAAAGAAAUUCACAAACGUGACAAUGCAGCUGAAAAUAUUUUUUCUAAUCGCCAGUUUGUUGACUUCAAAAUGCAACUCAAAAUCUGUCGAAAACCAAUUUACUGAAUUGGUGAAUAUUCCUUUACGUUGGCGUUUGGAAAUGAUCGAAAUGACAGAUUACUUUACUUACUCAGAAACUCCUCGUUUCAUUUCUGAUAUGAGCUUAAUAGGAAGUUGGAAAUUAAAACCUCUCGUAAAAUUGGUGACACCCAGCAAUUUAAUUAGAAACGUAAAGGUUCCUGAAAACUGGGAAGCUGAUGAUACUACUUCGAGAAUAAUUUCAAGAAAUAACCAUACGGCCGUAGAAUUCAAAAUCAAGGCACCACAAGGUCCAUUCAACACUUUCAGUUACCCUGAAAAUAGCGAUGGAUUUGUUGUUAAAUCAUUAGAAAUCGAUCAUACUAUACCGAUAAUUUUCUACCUCUUAGAUGGAAGAAUGUUCAUCGAGCUUACAACUCGUGAGAUAUAAAUUGUAAUCCAUUUUCGAUGUUAAGUGGUUACGUCAUGUAUGAAUUGCAUGUGAAAAUAAAAUAAAAUUUCAAAAAACAGUA